AUGCAAUACAAAAACGGUAUUACUGCUGCUGCUAUUCUAGCAGCAUCUGUCCAAGCUGCUAACUCUACUUCCAGUGUUCCAUCCUCUUGUUCCAUCAAGUCUGGUGCCACUGCCAGUGCCCAAGCUGACUUGGACAAGUACGCCGGCUGUUCUACUAUCGUUGGUGACUUGGUCUUGACUGGUGACAUGGCAUCUGCUGCUUUGGCAGGUGUCCAAGAAAUCGACGGUUCUUUGACUGUUAAGAACGCUACAUCUUUGACUCAGUUCUCUGCUGACUCUUUGCAAAAGAUUUCUGACACUUUGACUCUACAAGAAUUGACUGUUUUGGACACUGCUUCCUUCGGUUCUUUGGCUGAAGUUGACACCAUCCAAUUCAUCACCUUGCCAGCUGUCUCUUCUAUCAUCACCAAGUUGACCUCUGCUAAGCAAAUCAUCAUCACAGACACUGCUUUGGAAUCCAUCGCCGGUUUCGAAGAAUUGGAUGAAGUUGAAGUUUUCAACGUUAACAACAACAAGGGUUUGGCUACCAUCAAGUCCAAGUUGAAGCACGUCACCAACGCUUUGGAAGUUACUUUCAACGGUCAAUCCGCUGACAUCUCCUUCGAUGACUUGGAAUGGGCUAACAACAUCACUUUGAGAGAUGUUUCCAGCGCUUCUUUCGCAUCUUUGAGCAGUGUUAACGAAUCUUUGGGUUUCAUCAACAACUCCAUUUCUUCCAUUGAUUUGUCCACCUUGCAAAAGAUUGGUGGUUCUUUGUCCAUCGUCUCCAACGAUGAAUUGACCAGCUUGAACUUCGACAACUUGACCUCUGUUGGUGGUGGUUUCGUUAUCGCUAACAACUCCAAGUUGGCUAAGAUUGACACUUUCGGUGACUUGACCACCAUUGGUGGUGCUAUGGUCGUCACUGGUAAGUUCGGUGACUUGGGCUUCAACAGUUUGAAAUCCGUUAAGGGUGGUGCUGAAGUCGAAUCUACCUCCAGUAACUUCUCUUGUGAUGCUUUAAACAAGUUGCAAAAGAAGGGUGGUAUCCAAGGUGAUUCUUUCGUCUGUAAGGAUGGUGCUACUUCCACUUCCGUUAAGCUAACUGCUACCAGCAAGUCUGACGAUGACAGCACUUCUACUGCUGACUCUUCUAGCGGUUCUGCCUCUGCUACCUCUACUUCUAAGACUUCCAAGUCUAAGGGUGCCGCUGCCGCCAACUUCAACGCUCCAGGUUCCUCUUUGAUGGGUGCCGUUGCUGCUGUUGCUUACGCCUUGUUAUAA